AUGGCUUUGGUAGGGCUAGUUCUCACUCGAGGUGCAAAUUAUCUCGCUGAGAAGCAAGAAUUAUUGCUCGUUAGGGCAUUACAAAUGCGCAAAAAACUUAUUCGCCCAGGUGAUAUUAUGAAGGAUAUCAUGGAAACAAGCAAAGUUCAACAAAAUUGCAUUAUGGCUGUCGUAGCCCUUCUUUUACUUAUGAUAUGCGGGACUGUUUUCUUGAUGCUGGUUGAGAAGUUGGAAGCUGUUAAUGCCUUUUAUUGUGUUUGUGUUACAAUCAUGUCCUUGGGAUAUGGAGAUUAUGGCUUUUCUACUGAGGCAGGCCGUAUUUUUGCAAUUUUCACUGAAAGGAGGCAAAAUGCCGUAGUCAGGUGGGUUAUUACUCGGCGUGCAACUAUUGUAGAUCUUGAGGCUGCUGCUACAAACAUCGAUGGAGGUGUAGAAGUUGCUGAAUUUGUAUUAUACAAGCUGAAGGACAUGGGGAAGAUUACUCAAAAUGAUAUAUCAGUUGUAAUGAAAGAAUUCAAAGAUCUAGAUUUCGAUCAGUCUUGA